AAUGUGCUGGUUUUAUGUGCUUUGAUUGCAUGAUACGUGUACACUGCAUAAAACAGACGUGCCCAGAAUAGAGAGAACGUGUCUGACGUCGCGCAGUCGAUUACUUUUGAUAGCUUUGUAUGGGAACUGAAGAAUUCCCAUAUUUAACUGUAGUGCUGUUGAUCUGAUAUUGUGUGACGAUGCGGCACAAUAAAUCGGCGCAUAAGCGAAAGCCUUCGACCCCCAGACGCAGAUCUCCCCCCGGGCCGCCGCCACCACCGUCAACAUCCAGAACCCGGCGCACUAGCGGACCCUCCGAAGCAUCCCCACGCAAGAAACGCAAGUUUCGCCCUGGUACUCGAGCUCUCAUGGAGAUACGCAAGUAUCAGAAGUCUACUGAUCUGUUGCUGCGCAAGGCCCCGUUUUCACGACUGGUGCGAGAGGUGUGUCAGACAUUUAGUCGAGAGCACAUGAUGUGGCAGGGAUAUGCUCUAAUGGCUUUACAGGAGGCUGCAGAAGCAUUCAUGGUCCGUCUGUUUUCUGAUGCCAAUCUUUGUGCCAUUCAUGCCAAGAGAGUGACAUUGUUUCCACGUGACAUACAACUCGCCCGGCGAAUCAGAGGUGUUGAAAACAUGUAAAGUUUGGAUGUUCUCUCUCUCUUGUUGUUGUUUUGUUUUUAGAUAAAUUUCCUUACAGACAGAAAUGUGUGGACAUUUUCUAUAUUUGCUGGUGUGUAAUCUGUUUUCAGACCUCAAAUCAAAUGUUAAAACGGUUGCAUAUAUGCAGGCAAAGAAACCAAAUGUUCAUAUGGCAUCAUAGUGUGUUGAUGAUGAACCAGUUUUGAAACUUUUUUUUUUUUUAGAAUUGUAAUAUAAAACAUUUUAUUUUGUGUUGUAAAGUUGCAAAGUUUGUUCUGAUGAUGUUUGCUGAUAAUAAACCAAUGUUUGCAGUAGUGCAGUUUGUGUUGGU